AUGUCUUUCGUGGCAUUGAGAUAUGUUAACAAUGCUAUUAGAGGCGGUUACAAUUUACAGAAGAUCAUUGUUAGAUUUUACGAGAUACCGAAGCACUUGCAAGAAAUCGGCAGUGCUCCAAACCCGAGCUUCUACAGGAUGGUGGAGUAUUUCUACCAUAGGGCGGUCAGCAUCGUCGAGCCAUCGCUGAUGGAGUAUUUAAAGAAGCAUACACAUCUAUCCGACAAGAAGAGAAAACAACGGGUUGCGGGGAUUUUGAAGGUGAUGGGGUCGUGCAAUAGCUCGCUGCAAUUCGAGUUUCCACUUCAGCGGAAGAACGGAGACUACGAAAUCGUCCAGGGGUAUCGCUCGCAGCACAGCGUCCACCGGCUGCCAUGCAAAGGAGGAAUUCGAUAUUCGGACCAAGUGGAACUGGAAGAAGUUAAGGCGCUAGCCGCACUUAUGACCUAUAAAUGUGCCUGCUCUAACAUACCUUUCGGGGGAGCCAAAGGAGGUGUGGCAAUCAACCCGAAAAAGUACACGGUCGCCGAACUGCAAAGAAUAACGCGGCGCUACACGCUGGAGUUAGCUAAGAAGAAUUAUAUUGGGGCCGGAAUAGACGUGCCAGCGCCGGAUGUCAACACUUCCGGCAGGGAGAUGUCAUGGAUCGUUGACACAUAUAUCAAAACGCUAGGCUACAACGACCUGAACGCGGCGGCGUGCGUGACCGGCAAGCCGAUCAACGGCGGCGGCAUCCACGGCCGCGUGGAGGCCACCGGCCGCGGCGUCUUCAUCACCAUCGAGCACUUCAUGCACGACGCCGACUGGAUGAAGCUCAUCGGCCUCGAGCCCGGCUUCAAGAACAAGACGGCGAUCAUCCAGGGCUACGGCAACGUGGGCAGCUACGCGGCCGUGUACCUGCAGAACAGCGGCGUGCGCGUCUUCGGCGUGCUCGAGGUGGACUGCAACCUGCGCAACGACGACGGCAUCGACACGCAGAAGUUGCUAGAAUACAAAAGCAAGAACAAGGGCAGCGCCAAGGGCUUCCCCGGGGCCAAGGAGACGGGCCCCGAGCUGAUGUUCGAGAAGUGCGACAUUCUGGUGCUGGCCGCCAUGGAGAAGGCCGUCACGGCCGAAAACGCUGGGAAACUACAGUGCAGAGUGGUGGCGGAGGGCGCCAACGGGCCCACCACCCCAGCGGCGGACGUGCUGCUGCGCAAGCAGGGCAUCCUGGUGCUGCCCGACCUGCUGGCCAACGCGGGCGGCGUGACCGUCUCCUACUUCGAGUUCCUCAAGAACCUCAACCACGUCAGCUUCGGAAAGCUCAGCAUCAAGUUCUGGCGGGACUCGAACACCGCCCUGCUCGACUCGGUGGAGAAGUCGCUGCGGGACAACAAGAUCGAUGCGAAGAUCCUGCCCACGCCUGUGUUCCAGUCGAUGAUGUCGGGCGCCAACGAGGAGCAGAUCGUCACCUCGGGCCUCGAGUACUCCAUGCUCAACGCGUGCAAGAACGUGUCGCGGGCGGCCAGCAAGCACAACCUGAAGCUGGACAUGCGCACGGCCGCCUACAUCACCUCCAUCGAGAAGAUCUUCGUCACCUACGACGAGCAGGGCCUGGCGCUC